AUGGCUUCCAAACUGCUCUUGUCGGCUCUUGUCGGUCUCGCCGCGGCACAGACAACUACCGUCACCGUCCCUUUCAUGGGCCUAGACGAUUUCCCCAUCUCGGCGUCGGUCAUAGCUGCCAACCCUACUGCCACCACCUACUCUCUGGCCUGCGGUACACCCACCAGCACUGAUUCCGAUUUCGACUCUCUCGACUGCGGUCUGUUCCCGGACCACCGAUUGAUCUACGGCCCUUCGACCUGGGCCAUGGAGAUGGGUAUGCCCGGCCCCGACUCAUCCUUCACCGGCACCGUGCAAUGCGUCGGCCUGUCCAAGCCUACAAUGACGUGCACCGAGAGCGCCAGUGGCGCCGAGGCCAACUUUCCCGGCGUUACCUCGACAACUCUUCCACGCAGUGAGCUCGUGGACCAGAAGGUUGUCGUUACAGCUGGCGCCGAGAAGCUGCAGGGUGUUGCAACAACUACACCGGCUAGCGGUUCUGCGAGCCCAACCGCCUCUGCCUCAAGCUCGGGUGCUUCUGCUUCGGGAGCGGGUGCUUCUGCUUCUGCGGGCAUGCCAGGGAAUUCCCAGAAUGGUUCUUCCAUAACCACGCCAACCACCCCUGCUGCAUCGACUCCUUCGCAAGGUGCGGCAGAUAUGCUUUCUAUUGCUCUCGGAAGCGGCUUCAUCGGUGCUGCGGCGGCCCUUGUCGGUGGUUUAGUCUUGUAG